UUCUUCUGUUUUUGUUGGGAUUUCAGUUUCUAUUCCAAAAGAUUCUUUACACGGUUAUUCAAUAGCUCUUUCUGUUAAUAAAUGAAAGCGAAAUAUACGUAGCAGAAAAUAUUUUUGUGCGUGAAAGUUUUUUUAACAGCUUCAUUCUGGUUGUCGUUUAGGAGAGAAGACGGAAUAUCCAAAGUUUAAUGCGGGCGACGCCAUCAACUAGAGUUCGGAAUACGGAGAAGAGUGCGAAUACGAUACUAUCAUUUGUCAAACGGUGCUUUCAUUUCAUAUGCUAUUUGAAUGGUUUGAAGCCAUUCAUAUUGCCAUUGUUAAGGAUUCUUUCGGUCUAUUUCAUUGUUUGAUGGUUGUUCGAACAGAACCAUAAGAUUUAUGAACUAUUGCUCGUGGAAUAGAAUGGAAUGCCUUUCAAGUUGCAUUUCCAUAAACACACAGAUCUUGCAUUCUUUGUAGUAUAUAUAGGACACUCUCAUCCAUUUACCAACCUCACAUUGUUUCUAUCAUUUUUGGAGCUGAAAUGAGUUGCUGCUGUGAGUUUCAAGGCUGUGAUAAAGGAGCCAAGGUUUUGGGUGUCAUUUUUGACUUGGAUGGCACCCUUCUGGAUACUGAAAGGGCUAGUAGGGGUGUCUUGAAUGAGUUUUUGGCUAGGUAUGGAAAAGAACUGGACAGGGAGAAGGAAGACAAGAAGAGGUUGGGGAUGACACAAAAGGACACAGCAACUAUAAUGGUUACGGACUAUGAACUUCCGUUGACACCCGAUCAAUUUAUCAAUGAAAUCACUCCUAUGUAUAGGGAAAGGUGGGCAAAGGCCAAAGCACUACCUGGUGCGAAUCGCCUAAUCAAACAUUUCCAGAAAAAUGGAGUUCCAGUGGCUCUUGCCUCAAAUUCCUUGCGAGAAUAUAUAGAUGCAAAAAUUUCUUAUCACAAAGGUUGGAAAGAAAGCUUUUCUGUAAUUCUAGGAAGUGACCAAGUUAAAGCUGGGAAGCCUUCUCCAUAUUUUUUUUGCAGAUUUGAAGAAGCUGCCAAGAAAAUGGGUGUAGAUGCAAUUAAUUGCCUGGUGAUUGAGGAUUCCUUGGUUGGCGUCAAGGCAGCCAAUGCUGCACAAAUGAAGAUUGUGGCUGUCCCAUCUCAAAGGGAAGCUGAUUGUAACGGGCUAGCAAAUGUUGUUCUUCAUUCACUUUUAGAGUUUCAACCUGAGCUAUGGGGUCUUCCACCCUUUGAUGACUGGUUAGAUGACACAUUACCUAUUGAGCCAAUUCAUCUGAGUGGUUUGUAUGUUACUGGAUGUCUAGAGGAAUCCACAGACAAUGCAACACUUGCUCUUCCUGAUCAAGCUGUCGGGCUUUACUUGGGAUGGGCCAAGAUCGAUACAGAUAGGAAAUUCAAGAUACUGGCUAGCAUUAAUUUGGACUUCUCCUGUGUUGCCUAUAAAAGAAUACGUGUUUAUCUUGUUGAUUCAAACAGUGACCUGAAACAGAAGCAGAAGAUGCAAAUCAGUCUUGUUGGCUACAUAAGAACGUGGGAUAACAAGGAACUCUCUUCAAUUGCUUUUGAUAAACUCGACGAGUACAAGUCUACUGCAAGAGCUUCACUGGAUUUGCCAUCAUUCGCUUGUUUAUAGAAAAGCUUCACUUCGAGGGGACAUCCAAGAGACCAUAUAUUUCGAGAUGGAUGUAACAAGUAUGCAACUUGUUGCAACUUUCUAGCAUGUACUUUUUACUUAACGCUAAUAAAAAAUAAUAGAAUUAUUAU